AUGAACCCGCCCACAGUGCAUAACGAGCACAUCACAGCCGAACCGCCAAUGGUAAAGAAGAAGAAGAGCAGUGUGUCUAAUGAGUCUACAAAAAGGGUCUCUGUGUCUAAUGCUGCUGGCCUUGCAAAAAACAGCCCACAUCUUUCUCUAGACGCAAAUUCAUCCAAGGACAUUCAAGAGAAGAUACUACUGGCAUUAUUCACAACGAGGCCCGGCCAAUGCACCCUAAAAUUAUACUACGAGCUCUCAUGUGGUCACGUCAACUUACAUCAAUACAAGAAAUGGCAAAGUGCUAAACAUGGGCAAGUUAUAGAGGAAUCCUAUAAAACUAUGGUCAGGAAAUGGACCGAAUCACCUAUCUACAUCUGCAUGCUUAUGGAUUUCUUUCUGCGAAAUGAGCAAGUACCCUUGGACUACACCAAAUUCACAUUACCAAACUACAAGCUUUCCUUGUCCUUCCUUCUGUUCAAGGAUACAGAGCUUCUGAUCAUUGACGAGAACUACAAUAUACUGCUGGAUUUUCUGGUGUCUUGCCGGCCUACUAUCGAGCAACUGCUAAAUACCAGCUACCUCCCUAUGUCUUUGAUCAGUGCAUGUCACUCCAAUCGCCGUUUGUAUCAGCUCAAUGGGCAGUAUACAUGGUUUAGUUUGGCACCUCACUCCUCUAAACACCCUCGUGAAAUCAUCUACAAUUACUUGACAGUUCUGACGGAUAAGUUGACAGCGCAGCAAGAGCUGAUACCGCAGCUAGAGCAUCUACUUAGUGGGGCAAUUCUAGAUAAAAUAACGCCUUUCGUUGGAAAACACCAUUCGCAUAUAGACGCUGUUGAUAGUGACUCUAACAGUGAUUCAGACAACUGGCCCGCAAAGAAAGACUAUGCCCAGGACCGUGUUUAUUCAUUUGACUUGAAUGACGAGGGAAUGGUAGAGACUUUAAACGUGUUCAGCCAAACUCGCAAGAGGCACCAAACUCUUUAUCAGGUGCUGAAGCUUCCCGAGCAAAGUCAGUCACCACUUUUAAAGUCGCAGUUCUUUACUAUAUGUGCCUUGGUUGAUCCUGUGACACAACCAAUCCCAAACGACUCUCACAUCGUCUCCAUUGAUUUAAUUUCUGAGCUCUUUUUAGGGCUAUUGAGCAACGAUGUCAAGGAUCUGUCGCCCAAUUGGCGAUUCCACCUUUGCUUUAAUUUACAAAAAAUCAUCAAUGCAACGCUCCCGCGACUGAAUUGUGAUGACUUUCAGAGAUUAAAUUCGGUUAACAACAGCGAUGAAUCCGUAGACUGGAGACGAAACCUGCAUAAAUGGCUGCCCCAAGGGCUGAACACACAAGAUUUGGAAUUGAUCUAUAUGGUUGACAUCUUGGCCAUAUAUCUAAUCUACAAGUUAUAUCGAGACAUUCCGAUACAAAUGAACCCUUUUCUGGCGCCGAUGAUAUCUCUGUGGAAGAAUCUCACUUUUGUGGUUCUACUCGGUCUUGAGAUUGAUAGGUUUGAGGAAGAGCAGGAAACAUUCAGUACUCCAGUUAUAGUCCGCGCUACCAUUCGGGGAGCUUCAGCCCUACGAAGUGUUGUGGCCACAGUCUUAAAUGGGCAUGUCGACUACAAACGGCACGACUUCCAGCAUGAGCCCAUCAAUAUAUUUAUGUCACCACACGGCCGAAAACUUUGUCAUGGUGCUCUUUACACCGACGUAAGAUCGCAUGCCGCAGCUAUGUUAGCACUGGGAAUAGAGCUGGAGGAUGUUACUAACCUUUUGAGCGACUUGCAACCCGGUGAUAGAUUUGAUGAGGACGUCAAAUACAUGUUCGAUUACGAGUACGACAAUUACAACGAGGUUGAUGCUGAGGAUAUAGAUGAAGACGACCUUGAAGAUGUAGAGUCGCGCGAGCGGAUUAAAGAAAUGAGAGCAUAUUACAAAAGGUGCCAUUGUCAAUUCGAUGACGACGAGCUUUUGCCUGAGGGUGCAGAUGAUCCGGAGUUAUUAUUGCAGACAAGAACUAAUCCUCUCCGAGAAGCACCACCUGAGAGCAAUAAUAGGAUGUCUUCCCUUGCCUCUACUGCUAAACCUAUGGCACGGCGGUCGAAGAAGGAAGGCAUCGAUUUCGACUUCAAUGGACGGGAUUGGAGAGAUAUUCCCCGCGGACUCAAUUUCUACUUCAGCGAAAACUUCACCUUUACACAACACAUAACCAAGGAUGCACUGGGCUCACUGAUGACCACGGCUACAGAAAGAAGCUUGACGUUUGUGGAGGGAAGAAAACUCUUGCAAAUGGUGGGUACUUGUGUAGCACGGGAACAGCAGCAAGCUGUUUUCAGGUCUGUCUUUGCGGGUGGGCCCGAACAAGAGGUCGAAGACCAUUACGCGCUGGUCGCUGAUGGUGACUUGACCACGGAUUACGUUUAUGAGAAAUGGUGCGAAGAUUCCCACUUUGAACGUAUGCUGUUGCACAACGAGACGCUCGUAUGGCGGCUGAUAGAUGAAGUUCUUAUGUGUAGCGGUUACCGCCGCGUCUUGAUCUGGUUCAUUACACAUUUAGAAAUCAGUAGCUCUAUGAUCGAGUACAUUUACUCUUUGGUGAUGGGUGAAAGAGGUGAAGUAGUGCUCGAAAAUGCGGAGGGCAUUGGUGAAGCUCAGGACCCGUAUACCCAGGUUCCAUUCUCAAGACAAGGUCCCAUUCAACUAUCAGAGAUAGAAGUGAAGAUGCUAUUGCAGGAGUUUUUUACUAAUGUUGCAAUUUUCUUCUCCAAGCAUGCACGAGAGUGUGAAGAAGCGUCAGAGGACGAAGAAGGCGGACAAAUUGGACAAUCCGGAAUACCUCCUCGGGUAGUCGGCCUGAUGAAGCUGAUGUGCAUGAUGGUGAAAAAACUGAUGGCAGAAGACAAAUUCGACUUCAGAGAUCCUGACUACAUUUUUGAGUUGCAGACGCUGCUCAUGAGUUGGAUUUGUUUCCUGCCGGAGGCCCGUGAUUUGCUAUUCGACUUACGCUCACUAGUGGACCAAAAGUUACCAGAUGUCGAGAACCCAGCAAGGUCACACGACGACACUGUCGUCAACAAUGCCGAUCCCGUUCCAUUUUCAGAGAUUGUCGAUCACGAUGGCAACGUUCAAGAAGGCAAUUUUGCCGAGAGUGGGCCGGGAACGGAGACUUCCAUUUCAGUGUACAACAAGAGAUUAAUUUCCCUCCUACCACCCAUUGCAGGCAGCGAGAACACCGCGGUCACAGCCCUUCGCAGUUUUAUCAGCAAACACUCGUUAACGAUGAAGACUGCGGUGCUUGGCAGACGAGUGGUAUCCCAGGAUGACGAAAUAAUGGGCAUGUACAUGUCUGAUAGGGAGAUGGACAAUCGCCAUUUUCUGGCCGAGUUUGGGAUUGAGUACAAUGACUUUGUAGACGGGGUUUACGACAAUGAUUACGAAUACGAGUAG